GCUACGCCUGUACUACUUCUACUGUUCAUCCCAUGGAUGUGUGAAGAGAACAGACCCCUGGUGAUGAGAUUCAGGGCUCAAACUCCUAAUACAAUGCAAAAAAAGCGGAAACGGAACAAAAUACUACCUCAUUCCACUGACGGAACUUAACAGCGUGACACCCAGCGGAAGUAAAGGCUAGUCGCGUAUCUAUCGAAUUAGCUGGAAGAUAACGACGUAGUCGUAGCGCAGUUAAAUGUUUAACGUGUAAUUAAACAAGAAUGUCUUCAGUUCAGUGUUUGAGAGAGUUGAUGAACCAGCGACUAACUGCUGCUGCUGAAGAAAUAUUCACAGUUUUUCAAAAAACUAUCGUCGAGUUCGAGGAAGAGAUCGACCGUCAGCGCAGACUGCUGGAUAUCGUUUGGAAACCAGAAAUACGGUUACACAGAACAGAGCUUCCACAGCAGCAUGUAUGCAAGGAGCAGAAGAUUCUCCCUGAACAGCAAAGUUUUGUUGUUUGGAAACCUGAAAUAAAUGUACACAGAAUAGAGCCCCCACAGCAGCAUGUCUGUAAGGAGGAGGAGAUUCCUGCUGACCAGCAGCUCUGUAACCAGGAGAGGAACUCCAGUCUGGACCGGGAGGACCCAGAGCCUCCACAGAUUAAAGAGGAACAGGAGGAACUCUGCACCAGUCUGGAGAGAGAAGAUCUGGUACUGCAGCAGGAGACUAAAACCUUUAUGUUGACUCCUACUUAUGGGGAAAGUGGCAACAGUGAAGAUAAGACUCUGGACUUGAGUCCUGAUGAAACUCAGAGUGCAGCAGAGAAAGAGCACGUUGUCAGCAUCUCUGUGGUACCAGAAACAAACAGUGACGACCAGCUGCUCUCUUACAACUCUUAUGUAGCUGAGAGCCGAGAUCACAAAGGAGACAAACAUGAAGACUCAGGAUCAACUAGAAAUGAAGAGACAAAACCACAGAAGGGACAUGACAGAAGCAAAAGUCAAACUAACAAUGUUUGCAACUCCACCAAAAUUCACUUAAACACCUACACAGGUCAGAAGUCUUUAAUAUGUGACACUUGCGGGAAGUCUUUCAAAGAGAGGUACAAAUUAAAUCUACAUUUGAGAGUACACACAGGUGAGAAGCCGCACCUCUGCAACACCUGCGGGAAAAGAUUUAGUGACUUGUCAGCGUCAAAAAGACAUAUGUUGAUACACACAGGUGAGAAACCGUAUUCGUGCAAAACAUGUGGGAAAGAUUUCAGACUUCACAAUGUCUUGAAAAGCCACAUGAGAACCCACACAGGUGAAAAGCCGUACCUCUGCAACACCUGCGGGAAAAGCCUAAGUGAUCUGUCGGGAUUAAAAAAGCACAUGAGAAUACACACAGGUGAGAAGCCGUACCUUUGUAACACCUGUGGGAAAACCUUCGGUGACACGUCGGAUAUGAAAAGGCACAUGAGAAUACACACAGGCGAGAAGCCGUACCUCUGCAACACCUGCGGGAAAAACUUCCGUCACAUGUCAGCGUUGAAAAAGCACAUGAGAAUCCACACGGGUGAGAAGCCGUAUCCAUGCAAAACAUGCGGGAAAGAUUUCAGGUCUAGUAGCGGGUUGUUGGUCCACAUGAAGACCCACGCUGGUGAAAAGCCGUAUCUCUGCAACACCUGUGGGAAAAGAUACUCUCAACUGCCAGAUUUGAGAACGCACAUGAGAAUUCAUGCAGGCGAGAAGCCGUUUAAUUGCACGAAUGUGUGGGAGAACUUUUAGACUUUUUGGUGACUUGACAGCCCGCAUGAGGAGAGUCCACAAGAGUGAGAAGACGUACAACACGUGAGGGAAAAGAUGUACCACGGUCUGAAGUGGUGAAGCAGUGUUUCCCCUAUAACUGCACAGGCUUGGUGGGCCACCGGGCCAAAGAAAUCUUUUCUUUAAUGCCAAAAAUAACAUUAAAUAUCCAUUCAUUUGGAAAUCAAUAAUCAUAUGUGUCUGUUCUAAUAUGUGAGUCAACCUCUGUGUCGUUGCCAGGGAAACCCUUGACGCGAUGUGAGUGCCUCGUCUCUUUAGGGUUUUUCUCGUACGACCGGGCCCGAAAAAUAUUGUAGGGGAAACAGUGUGAAGCAUAUUAUAUUGCAUACAGGGAACUAAGACGAAUACAGGUUUGCAGUAGUUACAUCUUUGUGAUUGAACUGAUUAUGGAUUUACAUAAACAAAGGUCACAAUAUCUCAGUGUAAUGAAGUCGUACAUUUCCAACCAUGCCAUCAAUUAUGAAACAGUCAUAAUAUCCCAAAUCUUGGAAGAAUCCAAGAGUGCACAGUAGUGGCUGUCAAACUGAUGGUGUGAUUUAUGUUUUAACUUUUUACUGUUUUUAUACACAACCUCAGUUAUAUGAGUGGAUUUUAAAUUCUCUGGUGAUGUUCAGUCAGUUAUGUUUUCACCUUGUUGACUAGGGUCCUUUUUUUUGUUUGCAGAAUUUAUAUUUUAUUUUUUUAUGUCCUUUGCGGUUGGUUGGAUUUGAUACAACUUUUGUUGUUUGGGGCUUCAGAUGUGACACAAAGUUUUCAGAGUUUUGUUCAUAAUAAAAAAUAAAUAAAUAAAAAGCUGGAACCCGU